UCGCCGGCUGCGGGAGGGGACGCCAGUGCCAGCGGCUGGCCUGGGAUGGGACGCUGCCCCUCUGAGAGCCAGCGGUGGGAUCCGUGAGUGGGAGGCUGGCGCCACACCGUGGGAGCUCUCUGCACCGGUGCUGGGAUUUUGCCACCUUCAUGCCGGAGUCGCCGAGGGGUUAGAAAACCAGGAGGACACUGAUAGUUCACACAACCUCGCCGCCCCUGAGAAGAUGAAGGCUGCUGGGGCUCUGCUCAUCUUGGGGAUCCUAUUUGGAGGCACCCUGGGUGGGCCGUGGAGCGCGUGGAUGCCGCAGACCAUUAUGGCCUUCGAGGGCACGUGCGUGGCCAUCCCGUGCCGCUUCGACUACCCGGACGAGCUGCGCCCCUCGGCCGUGCACGGCAUCUGGUACUUCAACAGCCCCUACCCCCGGAACUACCCGCCCGUGGUGUACAAGUCGCGCACCGGCAUCGUUCACGAGAGCUUCCAGGGCCGCUCCCGCCUGCUGGGCGACCUCCAGGCCCGCAACUGCACCCUGCAGCUCAGCCGGCUCAGCCCCGAGCUGGCGGGCAAGUACUUCUUCCGCGGGGACCUGGGCGGCUACAACCAGUACACGUACUCGGAGCACAGCAACCUGGAGAUCGUCGACAAACCCACCAUUGUGCCCCCGGCUGCGGUGGUGGUGGGGACGGAGGCGGAGCUGCGGUGCGUGGUGCCGGAUAACUGCCCCACCAUGAAGCCCGUGGUGAGCUGGUUGAACCACGAGGCGCUGGAGGAUCAGGCUGUCUUCGGCCAGCUGGAGGAGGAGAGCGGCACCUGGAGCCAGGUGUCCCUGCUGAAGUUCCAGCCCUCGCGGGAGAACGACGGGCACGAGCUGGGCUGCCAGGUCACCUACCCCAACACCACCUUCCUCUUCGAGGCCUUCGCCACCCUGGACGUCAAGUACGUGCCCCGGAUCCUGCAGGUGAACUCGUCCGUGGAGGUCACGGAGGGCUCGCCCGUGGUGCUGGUGUGCGUGGCGGACAGCAACCCCAUGGCCUUGCUGGCGUGGUUCAAGGAGGAGGCCGUGCUGCGGGAGGAGCCGUCCACCAACCUGACGCUGGAGCUGGACAACGUCACCCACGCGCAGGACGGGAUCUACACCUGCGUGGCCGAGAACGUGUACGGGCGGGUGAACCGCUCCCUGGCCCUCACCGUCAUGUACGCCCCGCGGAAGCCGUCGGUGAACUCCUCGGUGGUGGCGGUGGAGGGGGAGUCAGUGACUAUCCUGUGCACCACGGAGAGCAACCCUGAGCCCAUCAUCACCAUCUUCAAGGAGAAGCAGAUCGUGGCCACGGUGGUCUACGAGAGCGAGCUGCUGCUGGAGAUCCCCGCCGUGACCCACGAGGACGACGGGGAGUACUGGUGUGUGGCGGAGAACCAGUACGGCCAGCGCGGCUCCGCCUUCAACCUCACCGUGGAGUUUGCUCCCAUAAUCCUCAUGGAGUCAAAGUGCACAGCGGCUCGGGACACGGUGCAGUGCGUCUGCGCCGUGCUGGCCAAUCCGGAGCCCGUGAUCUCCUUCGAGCUGCCCACCCGGAACGUGACGGUCAACGAGACUGACCAGGAGUUCGUCUAUUCCCAGAAGACGGGCUACACGGUCACCAGCAUCCUGACGCUGCGCGGGGAGCCGGACUCGCAGCUCUUCGUUGUCUGCUCCGCCCGCAACCUGUACGGCACCAAGAACCAGCAGCUCCAGUUCCACCACUCCAACAAUCUGAUGUGGGCGAAGGUGGGGCCGGUGGGCGCCGUGGUGGCCUUUGUGAUUCUCAUUGCCGCCGUGUGUUACGUGAGUCAGACGCGGAAAAAGAAAAACGUGAAUGAAAACUCCAGUUUCGUGCAGCUGGAGCACCCGCCCGUGGCGUACAGCGGCGAGUACCGGCCCCCGGGGGCCCUGGACAAAUCCGAGUACGAGCGGCGCCCAGUCUCCGACAAACGCCUCCUGAACAAGCCCGAGGGCUCCCUGGACCUGAACGUGGACUACGCCAACAUCGACUUCACCAAACUGGCCACCAAGGACAGCUACACCCUGACGGAGGAGCUGGCGGAGUAUGCAGAGAUCCGGGUCAAGUGAGCGCCCCCGGCCCCCCCCCCCCAGUGACACGCCCUCUGCCACGGAAACCACACCCGCUAGAAUCAGGACCUGUCUGUGCCCCCAAAUCACCAGGCACGUCCCUGCCAUGGAAACCCCAUCUACCGGGAUCAACCCCAUGCAGAGUGCAGGUCCUGCCCCGCCCACUACUGGCAGGACACGCCCCCUGCCAUGGAAACCCCACCCACUGCCAUCAGGACCUCCGACUGAAUACAGCUGGGACAGGGACGGUCUCUUGCUGUGUGUCUGGGCAGUGCCCCAUAUCCUGAUGCCCCUUCUUUGACAGCCCUAUGGCUGGUUAUGUGGAUCUGGCCCUGCACUGGGACCCAGGAGACCUGCGGUUUAAAUCCCACCUGCGCUACAGAUUUUGUGCUACCUUGAAGUAUGUCCUAACCUCGCUGCGUGCCUCAGUUUCCCCACAAUCUCUUAAUUUCCCCUGUGCACAAUGUGGCUCAUAAUUCCCUCCCACCCCGGGCUUUUGUGAGGCUAAAUUUGGAACCGAUUGGGAGGUUCAACCAAAGCCCUGAUGAACCGUUAAUGACCCCGCUGAGCUGUCUCUGUAGGAGCCACGCAAGUACCUGCCUAGAUCCUCCCUAAACCCAUCCAGUCCUUGUUCUAAUUCCCCCAGUCUGUCUUUGCACGUGCCGAGGGAACAACAUCUGUCUCCUGCUGCGUAAAGACGUGUCUAUGGUACAAAGCUACUUAGACCAGCACCGCCAUCCCCAGCCAGGAAGGGGAAUAACUAUACUGGGAUAAGCCCCGUCCUACCGGGAUAACGGCCCCCACGGCUGUACUGGUGUAGGCAGAUCAGCCCCGUCCUACCGGGAUAAUGGCCCCCACGGCUGUACUGGUGUAGGCAGAUCAGCCCCGUCCUACCGGGAUAACGGCCCGCACGGCUGUACUGGUGUAGGCAGAUCAGCCCCGUCCUACUGGGAUAACGGCCCCCACGGCUGUACUGGUGUAGGCAGAUCAGCCCCGUCCUACCGGGAUAACGGCCCCCACGGCUGUACUGGUGUAGGCAGAUCAGCCCCGUCCUACCGGGAUAAUGGCCCCCACGGCUGUACUGGUGUAGGCAGAUCAGCCCUGUCCUACUAGUAUAACUAGAUCAGUAGAAAAUCACACGUCUAGUUGACAGUUAUUCUGGGGGGAAAAUCUCUGGGUGGCUCAGAUGUAAAUCGGGAGCCCGAAAACCCCCACAGCUGUAAUCUGUGUUUCCCACUGGGAUAAACAGGUGCUCACGGUCUGGGUCCGACCCCCUGGAAUUCUAUGCUCCACUGGCACCAGCCAUCCGGGGGGGGAAUUUAUAACGAAUCGUCAUUUAUUUUUUGUGCCAUUUUUGUACAGAUAUUUGCCUGAUGAUAGAAAACAAAAUAAAUAAAAAGCCCAAACUAACAAGGUCAAAGCUCUCUAACCAGCGCUUCCUUCUGCCCAGAAACCGCCCCCUAAGCUUGUUAACCCUUCCAGGCACCCGGAUCUAGGCUCUAUUUAUUGAUUAGCUGGAUGUGACGUGAUUAGACGUUAAAUAAAACACGGCCCUGGUAUGAUAACCAUAAGGCCCCUUCGCAGAGCUCUGGCAGGCAAAGGAACCACGUGCAUGGCGUUGACAUGAGGGCUGGGUGGGAAGGAUCCAGGGGCCUCGCGAGGCAGCCAGCCGCCCGCGCUGACGCAGAACCAGGUAACCCCAGACCAUCCCCGUCAGGCGUUUCUCGAACCCGGUCUUAAACCCCUCCACUGACGGGAUCCCACAACCUCCCUGGGACUCCCCGGAGAGUUAGGAAGUUUCUCCUAAUACCUGACCACAAUCUCCCCUGCCCAGGACAUGUGUGAAGACUGUUCUCAGGUUCGCCCUCAGCCUCCUCGUCUCUAGACUAAACAGGCCUAGUUCUUUUCAUCUUUCCUCAAUGGUCAAGUUUUCUAACCCUCUGACCCUUUCUGCUGCUCUCCCCAGGAGCGGCGGAAGCUGUCUAAAAGUGGGGGGGCCACCAGUGCCUGAACCAUGCCCCCCCCCCUUUCUGAGGUCCUGCCCCUUCUCUCCUUCUCCCCGCCCCCACCUCCACCCCAUCCCUUCCCCCAAGGCCCUGCUCCCACACCACCUCUUCCACUCAAGACCCCACCUCUCGCUCGCGCCUCUCUCCCCUCCCCCCCACCCGGCGCUGACCCUUAUGUCCGGUAGAAAGCGCUGGGGCCAUGGCCGUUGCGGCACUCCUGGCUCUGCCCUGGACUCUCCCUUCGGGCCACCGAACGGGCAGCGCCCCAACCCGGACACGGGUCUCCAGCUUCGGCCUCCCCAGAGCAGGCCAAUUCCCGCCCGUGUCGCACGUCCGACACUCCUGUUUCCACAGCCCAGAACGACGUCAACUCGCAAAUAAAAAAGCUCAAUGGAAAGUUUCCAUUGACCCAAAAAAGAAAUUUUUUCGCUGCAAAUUUUCAUUUUGCAGGAAUUUUUGCCAUUUUGUUCCAAUUUGGAGCCUUCUUUGGUUUGAAAACACAGAAUUCCCCCCUCCCCCCCGCCCCACCAACCAACAUUUAAAUUCAACCAGCUUUCGUUUCCAUCUCCCGAUAUUUGGCUUUGUGUUCCCAGAGCUUUGUAAAAGAGCCGCAGCCUAACCCAGGACGCCGCCUCCGUCGAUUUACACUAAGUCGUGUGGACAAUUCCCGUUCUUGGCUUCUAUGUAAAUAGGGAAGAAUGUAAAAAAUAAUUGAAGCCAGGAUUAGCGCAGUAACUUUUUAGUCGCGUGUGUGCGCGUGUGUACGUGUGUUACAGGACAAAAUUGUGCCACUGGCUUAGCCAGCCCUGCUCCCUGGUAGAAUUAGGCUCGCGGACAUAUCAGGAGAGCUGGAUUAAUUCCAAGACUAUGUCGGUUUCGUUGUAUAUCGUUGUUCCGUGAGGUGCCAACUGUUUAAUGACUUUAACCCAGCAGACUUUGUAUUCCCAAGGAAAUAAAAUGUAUUUUACAAAUCCA